AUAAACCGCCGUGCACGACCGUCGACGAUGGACGACGUGGAGGAUACCGCGCGAAGCGACGCGCGGUCGUCCGACGGCGAAGAGGCGGACGUUAGCGAGCUGGACGACGGCAGCGAGUCCUCGUCGUCUGGCGAGUGCGAGAUAAGUUGGGACGUGAUGUUGGACUCGAUCCUCCUGAGCAUCUUCAAGUACCUGAAGCCGAGGGAGCUGAUCACCGCGGGCGAGGUGUGCCGCUCGUGGUACAGGGUGUCGCGUGACGAGUUCCUGUGGAAGUAUUUAUUUUAUCGGACGUACAAGAUAGAUCCGGAUGUCGGCAUCGUGCCAGGAAAAACCUCCUGGUUUGGAGAAUUUAAACGCUUGGCAUAUCACACCCCACUGAUAGAAACUGAAGUUCUUAAAGAACAUUCGCAUCAAGUCUUACACGUGAGCUUUUCCCACAAUGGCAAAAUGUUCGCAACCUGUUCAAAAGAUGGAUAUAUUCUUGUAUGGCAAAGUCAGUAUCCUGUUACUAUAAAAUAUUCGCAUGACAUGAAGACAUUUAGUUGGAAGUACACACAAUUUUCCCAGUUUAAUUGUACAGAUACAUUACUUCUUGUGUCUGGUGUCCACUUUGGUACACCCCAUAGUACUUCAGGAGAAAUAGCAGUAUUCAGAGUGGCACCUGGCUUUGACCUCCAAUGUAGAGUAGUGAAUAAGCCGUAUGACAUAUUUGGUACAUGGUACAGUGAACGUUACCUUUUGAGUGGAAAUCUGCAUUGGCUGGCACACUUGGUUAGUACUAGCGUAGUUUGGCUCAAUAAGGCAAACCAGGAAUCAGCUAGCGAGCAUGUGCCUAUUAUGACGCAGCUUUUCAGAUUCUACAAUGGAAAUGCUUCCUCGAUUAGGGCAAUUAUGGUUGCAAAUUGUCUAGCACCUGCUCCAGCUGAAUCUACCGAACAACAGAGCCAACCAUCUUCCUCGAAUACUAAGGAAGAAAAAGGAAAUCCACCGAGUCAUAAAGAUUUGUUGUCGCCUUCGGGCGAGUCCAAUAGCUCGCAAGGUCAGGAAGAGCCAGUUUACAUUACGUCAUCCAGAAUACAAUAUAGUACGUUAGAAGGUGCAUUUUCAAACUGGAAGAAACUUGGUGAUGGUUUUGAAUAUGCUACUCCUAUACAGUACAAUCAAGAAUAUAGGCAGGUUGAGAUGCAGAAAAAACUACACGACGCAGAAGAGAGCGACAGUGAAAGUGACACUGUAAAGGUGGAGGAGGAGAGUGAAUCUGGACUGCAUGAAAGCGACAGCGAAAAUGAGAUUGUAAAGUGGGAGGAGAGUGAAUCUGGAGAAUCGACAUUAAACGAGGAAUGUGAUACGGACGAGUUAGCCAAUAAUCCCGAGAAACUUCUUAUUUUUACAACUGGCUCAAAAACAUAUACUCCGCAUAAAGUUGGCUUUAAGAGGAUCAAAUUAGUCACUUUUCCACGAAGAUUGGAUCCAGGACCACCGCUGCGCGAGAGAAUAGCACAACAAAAGAGAGCGCGAGAAAGACGGAAUACACAGUCAGUGGAAGAUUGGUUAAAUUAUGAAUCUGUGGCCGAUAAGUUCGACAAAAUAGACCAUUUAAUUGAUCUUCAUGGUCAUAUUAUUGGAAUGGGACUCUCACCCGAUCAUAGAUAUCUUUAUGUGAAUACAAGACCAUGGCCGAAAGGUUACGUUAUUACUAAUCCUUUACAACCACCGCCGAUAGCUCAAGAAAUCGAUAUUCAUGUAAUCGAUUUGGUAACACUGAAACAAGUUGGCACGAUGUUAAGAGCGCACAAAGCAUAUACGCCUAAUAACGAAUGUUUCUUUAUAUUCUUGGAUGUAUGUAACGAAUAUGUAGCAAGUGGUGCAGAGGAUAAACAUGGUUACUUAUGGGAUAGACAUUAUGGAAAUUGCUUAGCAAAAUUUCCUCACAAUGAUGUAGUCAAUUCAGUAGCUUUUAAUCCACGCGAUCCUGAAAUGUUAGUUACAACCAGUGACGAUUAUACAGUUAAAAUAUGGCGGAGUCGGGCUAUGGUGAAGGCUUUAGGAUUAGAGGAAAAGUCUUAUCGUAGGGGGAUGGAGGUACGAAGGAGACAUUGGUAUCGAAAACGUGCUACUAAUAUUGACUGACUAAAAACUAUUAAAUUUCCAAUUUAAACAUUUAUUUUUACAAGAUCUUAGAGAUAUAUUUUGCACUUAAGUUAUACUAUACAAAAUCGUCCAGAAUGCUAUUAUUGCGUAAAAGCACUAAUAUGAUGAGAAUAUAUUUUUGAUUAUCUGAAAUUAUGUAAAUGGAUAUGCAGACUUUCAUUUCUUGACAAUAUAGAAUCUUAUUAGAUGAGUACUUCUAUUUUGAAAAAAAAAAUUAAAAAUUACUAAGAAAGUUGUUAAAAGAAUAAAAAUAUCAUAAGAAUAUUGUUGAUGUAUCUGUUAUGCAAAAUUAUAAAAUAUCUAACACAAAAGAUUUUAAAAUUACAUCAUUCUUACUCAGAUUAUUAUCAAACUAUUUUAACAUUUUCAACUCAUAAAUAUUAGAUUAGUGAUCUGCCUAAUGAUAAAAAAUGUCCCAUUUUAUUCCAUGUUAUAUUUUUAAAUCGUCAACUUGAAAUUUAACUAUAAAGUCUAUGUAUAUGGAACUAGAUUUAAAAGUUUUAAUUUUUGAAGAAAAAAAAGAAAAGCUGAAACUUUUAAUGAAAGUGUGCAACGAAUAUUAAUUUUUUUCUGAUAAUUCUGUUUCUUUUUAUGAAUAUGAUCUAUCGAAUCUUUAUUUUAUUUUGUCUUAUAUAUAAUGUAUUUGAAAUAUUUACAAAUUUUAUUUGUCUACUUAUAGAUAGAGAAAACAAGGAAUAAAUGUAAAUGUGCACUAUUUUGUAUCUUUUAUCUUUUCUUUGUCGUAUGUAAUGAGAUAUAAUUAGUUAUAAUUAUGACAUACGAUAAUACAUGCCGUAACUUGUAAUACAUUAGUUCAUUUUUUGAGCUUGUAUAUAUCAAUAAUAAGAUUAUAAAUAUAAUAAAUUUCCCAAA